AUGUCGUCGUUUAUGUCUCCCAAAUCAGAAUCAAACGGACAGGCAUCAACUUUCACAGACGAAAACGGGCAAGUCUUCUUCUGGAACGAAAUGAAAAAGCUCUGGGUAACUGAAGCUGGCAUGUCUUACGAUCCAGUGACGCAAAUCUAUACUGAUCUUGAAAGUGGGAAAGUCUACGAUCCUCAAAAGAUGGAAUGGGUGCACCCCAAGAAGCCAAAAGCGCCAAAGGUCGAAAAAGAAGGCUUGAUAAAAACAUCGACAAAACGCAAAAAGGCGGAAUGGUUUGAUGCCGAGGAAACGCAAAUUAGCGCAGUUUAUGUUUCAAAUUUGCCGAAAACGAUCACAAUAGAGAAGUUUAUUAAUUUGAUGAAAAAGUGCGGCUUGCUGAAACAAUGCGAAAAAACGGAAAAGCCAAAAGUAAAAUUAUACACGGACGAAAAUGGCAAAUUCAAGGGCGACGGAUUGGCACAUUAUUUGGCACCAGAAUCGGUCGAUUUGGCGCUGCAGAUUUUGGACGAAGAAGAGUUUGAAGGAAGCAAGAUCAAGGUCGAACUAGCGAAGUUUGAGAUGAAAGGCAAGUUUGACAAGACGAAGAAGAAAAAAGGAAUGAAUAAGAAAGAAAAAAUCGCGGCCAAAAAGUCGAAAAACAAGCUUCUCGGCUGGGGAGGAAUGGGUCUCACUUCAGGAGCCGAAGAUGUCAAGUCUAAAAGAGCAAGAUAUGAAAAGGUCGUGGUGUUCUCAAAUUGCUUCACAGUUGAAGAAGUGGCGCGGGAUCCAACGAUCAUUCUAAAAGUUCAAGAUGAGCUCAGAACUGCUUGUAGUGGCUUUGGCAAUCCAAAGAAAGUAAACAUGUUCGAUGGUCACCCAAACGGCGUCUGCUCAGUCGCCUUCAACUCUGCCGAAGAUGCCGAUCGCGCCAUCGACGGCCUCGACAAACGACUCUUCCGAGGAAGAACUCUUCAAGUGAAGCGCUGGGAUGGCGUCACAGACUAUCGCAUCGAAGAAACUCAAGCGGAAAUUGAAAAUCGCGAUUCUGCCUGGAAAGAGUGGCUCGAAGACGACGACGAAAAUGACGAUUAA